AUUUCCCACUCUUUCUGUGAGGCAAAACCACACCACACUACACUACACUUCGACACAAGAGAAGAGAACUAGGCGCUUUGUAUCUUCGGGAUAGGAGUUGGCGGUCUUCUUUAAGAGAACUUCAAUAUAAUACUCAUUAUGGAUCAACUCAUGUUUCCACUCUAUUUUCAUUAUGAGGAUGUAUCACGUCAGGAUCCGUUGCUAAAACCGAAUCACGCCAACGUUAUGGAAGUUCCUGGAUCGUGUAAAAUAAUAGUAGUACCAAAGACAGCACCUUCUAUCAAAAAUGGAAAAUUGGCUAUGGAGAUUCCGUGCGGUUAGAAAUUAGUACAGACACAAAGGACUUCAACAGGAAAGUCGUUUCGAUCCAAUCCAUUCUUGGGGUCAAAUAAAGACAAAAAAGGAUAUGUCAGUUACCUAGCACGACAAAGCACUCUCCGAAGGCAUGGAACGUCAUAUUUUUUGGUCAGAAUAUCCACAGUAAUGUCUCUGUUAGAUUCUCCGAUCGAAAUAAGGGAAAGGUCAAUUCAAUUCUCGACGGAAACGGAAUUUUGUGAAUUCUCCCCCGAACUGGAAGAUCAUUUUGAGAUCUUCGAACAUAUUCGAGGAUUCAAUGUUACUAUUGUAACUUCGGCCAACAAACAAGAUGAGACUUUACCGCCGAGGAGCGGCUUUUUGCAAAAAGAUGAGAGGGAAACUCAGUAAGAUGUCGGAGAAGCGAAAUAUACGAUAUCACAAAUGUAGAUUGCUCGCGGCUAGGCUAAAUAUAGUAAGGCGGAGAACUGUUGUUCAGUGGAGCGCCGGAGUACGGAGGUUGUUCCCAUCAUCGAAGUCAGGGUGUGGGAUUGAGCCUUCCGAAUGAGAAAGAAGAAAAGUGCAACGUUUCGUUGGAAAAACCAACGCAAAUAUAAUAUUGACUUUCUCUCGCCCUACUUCUAAAGAUAGAUAAAAAGGGUUGGAGAGAAUGACUUUUUGAAAUUCUCUCAUUUCUAAGGCUGCGCAAGG